AUGCGCUCCAUUACCCUCACAUUCGCAUUCGCCUUGGCAUUCACAUUCGUGGCCUCGGCUGCACCGGCACCAGCACCGAUUCCUCAGGAGACACUAGAACAGACAAAGUGCCUGGAUGAAUGUCUGUCCCUGGAAGAAGAUUGUCUCCUGAACUCAAUCAGCAUGAGCGGUUGUAUUGUCAGCUACGACGAGUGCCACCGCGAUUGUAUACCCGAACCGGAUUUGGGAAGCGACGAUCGACGGGGCCAAGAAUGGACGGAGGAGGGGGAAGAAAGGGACGAUGAGUUUGAAGAGAUUCCGGCACCGAAAGGAGGAGAGGAUGAUGAAGAGUUUGACGAUGAUCCAUCGGAUUACUAGACAGCGUGGUAUCUCAUAUUUAUUUUUCUCGUUAUCGAUGAAAUAAAUAUGAACUUUGAGAACGCCUUGUGUGCCCCAUGAAGAACGAACGUGAACGUAACGAUGUAGAGCUACAUUGAUAGUCGAGAGGUCGAUAUACAUGUACAUGGUUCUGUUCAAGUUUGGCUACUUCAAGCGCGUAAUGGAAGAUUGGGACUACAUCACCAAAGGGCCCCAGGUGAAGUCGUGCGUGCGUUAACAUCUCCGGUCAAGGCUAAAAUAAGAGACGGGAGAAUCUUGAA